AAAUGGCUCAAUCAUCACUGCUGCGCCCUCCUCUCACAAGUGACCUCCUCUGAUGCGGAACGCCCAGUCUGUCUGUCCGUGUCAGAACUUUUGUUUUGGUAACAGCACAUGGCCCUUUGAGCUCUUCCCACUGAUCCCAGUUCUGCGCACAGCUACAGGUGGGAGGGACGUGGACUACCAGCGCGUCGCUACCAGCGCUUUCUGCUCCGUUUGCUCUCAAGACGGGACGCGGUGGUUGUUUCAGGCUGAGUGGAACGGGGAAUAGUGCUUUCUGCUUGGUGUGUCGUCCAGGAGCGCGCCGAGACUCAACAGGUGGAGAAGAGCGGCCCCUGGAAUCACUGCACUCACCUUGGAGUUUCGACACGUGUGUGCUGACCUGAUCACUAAAUGGCGCUGACGGUGAACCUUAUCGGCCCUUCGCCAUGGGGCUUCAGAAUACUCGGAGGACGGGACUUCAAGAAGGCCAUCACUGUGUCAAAGGUCACCGGAGCCAGCAAGGCAGACCAGGCUGACCUGCAACCUGGGGACAUUAUCUUGGCGAUCAAUGGGAAAAACACGGCCGACAUGCUGAACGUGGAGGCCCAGAACGCGAUCAAGAACUCAAAGACCCAGCUGCAGCUGUUAGUGGAGAGACCCGGACCUCCCAGUUCUGGACAGACAAACGGCAUCAGCACCCCUGAGCAGCUCACCGGGCGCUUCCAGGAGGCCGUGAUCGUGAGUAGAGAUGAGAACCAGAACUACAAAGAGUACACAAUCUCCAGCCCGGCGUCGCUGUCCCCUGGACCUUACCCACAGGAUCCCUUUAGCAGCCCAGGUGUGAAGCAGGAGAGCCUGACACCGACUCCCAAUAAGAGUGUCCUGUUGCGUCCAUGGUCUCCAGAGGACAAAAGUCACAGGCUGUCCAGACCGCUGUCACAGGAGUUGUCCCCCUGCGACUACAGGAGCAAUUCAGUGUCCAGCAGAACCCCGACGCCCCCAGGACGCUACUCCCCCCACAGCCCCAUUGAUCAGGAUGUGCCCAUGUCCCCUCGUCGAAGUUCGAGCUCUGACUCAGUCAUGCAGAAGUUUGACAGGGAAUCGGAGGUGUACAAGAUGAUCCAGGAGAAUAAGGAGUCCCGCACGGCGCCUCGUCAGUCUAACACUUUUAAAAUGCUGCAAGAGGUCCUGGAGAUUGAUGAGAAAGAGGCAGCCCUGUUGUUCCCAGGACAGCUUUCGCCUAACGCACCCAUACAAAGCACAUCGGUGGGAGGGGUCAAAAAGAACCACACCUGUGAGAAAUGUGGCACCAGCAUUCUCACACUGGCCGUGCGCAUCACGGACGACCGCUACCGCCAUUCAGAGUGCUACACUUGCACAGAUUGUGGUCUUAACCUCAAGAUGAGAGGUCACUUUUGCGUCGGCGACGUGAUGUACUGUGAGAAGCACGCCAAACAGAGGUACCAAGGCCCAGGAAGUUCUCCUCCAGCCGCAGUGUCCCCGCUCCAAUGAGGGCCAUUCCGCACCUGCCCCGCUCAGGAGCGAGACAGACCUCGGGAUGGGGCGUGGAGUUGGACGCUGGUCUACGAAAUGGCCGAGGAUAUUCCUUUCUGAUCACAUUUAACCAUACUUUGCAAUAUUAUGAUUAACUUUCUUGCCUUUCUUAUAUGGGCAUUGGGGCUUUGUUUUUCAUACGACCCGUCCUCCGUGGUCUCUUUAGAUUGUUCUUGGCUCUAAUGAUGCACUGUUGCCAUGGACUCGCACCACAUCACACUGUGUUGACGCCAGAUUUACACAAUGCCACAACUUUAGACAAACUGUCAGAGAGCCACUCCCGUUCAAUCUGCAUGAUUUGAAUCUCUGACAAAAAGGGACCAAAAUCUCACCUAAACUGCAGGCCAUUUUACAAAUGAACUGUACACCGCACAAUGAGGUGUGUAUGGAUGCAUGCUUUCACGUGCAGAAGUGUGGUGGCGUCUGCAUGAUUUCCUUGCCUCCCUGUGUGUGAGACUGCAAGAGAGAAAAGGGUGAAGGAAAGGAGGGUCAGAGUUAUCCGAUGCAUUUUGCGCUAGUCAGGCCAAAGCCCUUGAGUGUUUCUAUUUUCUAAGCAGAAUUUAUAGCAGAAAAUCCAUAUUUUCUGACUUAUGUGGCUUAAGAGGGACUAUAGAUUAGUAGAAUAUAUAUAUAUAUAUACACAAAUAUUGUUGAUGUUUUGUGAUUGAACUGUAUUCUAUAAUAACCAUUUCAAAUGCACAAUGUAUGCACAAGACAUUUAGUGUGAAAAUAAAUGCUACUCCUGUCCAGUUAAAGUCGUACUACAAGAUUAACUAUAUUGUUCGCAUUACUUGUGGCACUUAAUAAAAUCGCACAAACCUCUCCUACAUCCUCACUGGGUCUUUACUUUUCAGUAAUCUCUGCCAUGUCUGAGUAUUUCUGUUGUUUAAAGCAGAAUGUUAUCAUUUUACAUGUUUGGAAAAUAUUUCCCACUCAGCAGCCUUUCAGUUGAAUGUAAGCAAAAAGUCAGAUGUGACAAACUAACUCUUCGCAGUGAAAGACCUGUGUAACUACUUAAUGGUCUCUGGGAGAUGGGUGCAGUUCUCAAAAUGUUGGUUACAUCUGGGGGGUUUUUGGUUAGUUUUUUUUCCUGCAAUGUCUGCUGUUAAAGUCCCAAUUACAAUACAUUGUUAACUGUC